CACGCCUUAUCACGUGACUAAAUGAAGGACUUCCGGUCUGACGCAGGUCCGGAAAAAAGUUUGGUUAAAACUCACGAUGAGCUGUGGAGGCAGCAAGGUCCCCGGUUCGAAUCCCAGCCGGUUCCGCUGAGGCGGUGGCAGCGUUCACCAGAACCAGAACCUCCACUAUGAUCCACUUUUUAGAGUUUUUUCAGAAUCAGCGACACAUAAGGUUUGCUGCUGUCGCCUCGGCUCAGAGGGACAGACCCGGUCCAGCAGAGGACAGAUGGACCCACAGGACGGAUGGACCCAGAGGACAUGGACCCACAGGACGGAUGGACCCAGAGGACAUGGACCCAGAGGACGGAUGGACCCAGAGGACGGAUGGACCCAGAGGACAUGGACCCAGUGAACCUUUGGCCUCUAAACGUCCAACAAACCAGAACAGGAAGCAUCAUUGAUGAGACUGAUGAUGUUUCUGUUUUGGGACAGAAACAUAAAUAUUGUUCAUAUUAUUAUAAAUAUUAUUAAACAUCCGGACUGGAGAAGAAGAAGAUUUAACUUCAUAAGACUCCUGGACCCCCAGGAGCCGGGUCAGAACCGGGUCAGAACCGGGCCUGUGCUGCUGGGAGGAAGAUGGUUCUGAUGGUCCUCUGACGUUCAUCUAGACGUCAAAGGAGACCCGGAUCCCACCAGAACCGAACCUCACAGAGCCACGGCUCGGCUGUCGAUGUGGAACCGGAAGCCGGUUUUCUGCCUCUUCCUCCAGCCUCUGCAGCUCAUUGGCUGAGCUGCGGCUCCUGUCGAGGGCCGCGCCGGAAGCAGCGGCUGCCGGGGGAUGGAGCGAUCCGCCGCCGUCUCGUCCCUCAGCUGGGCCCUGGUGGUCGGCGGCGCGGCCUACCUGCUGCGGCAGACGCGCCGCUGCGGACAGUACGGCCGCUACGCGGAGCCGAGCGGCCGCUGCUGGCCCGCCGGCCCGGCCUGGUUCCUGCAGGAGGUUCCGGCCUUCCUGGUUCCGCUGCUGCUGCUGGGUUCUGCAGAACCGAGCUCCGCCACCGGGAGGUCGCUGCUCGUCUGGACCUUCAUGCUGCACUACUUCUACAGGAGCUUUGUGUUCUCCCUGCUGACCCGCGGACGGCCGGUUCCUCUGAAGAUCGUCUGCUCCUCCGUCAUCUUCUGCUCUCUGAACGGCUUCCUGCAGGGACACCACCUGCUGCACUGCGCUCACCUGCAGCUCACCUGGCUGACCAACGCUCGCCUCUCUGCAGGUGUUCUGGUGUUUGCUGUCGGUCUGAGCAUCAACAUCCACAGUGACCACAUCCUGCGUCGCCUGAGGAAACCUGGGGAGUUGGUCUACAGGAUCCCCCGCGGCGGGAUGUUUGAGUUGGUUUCUGGUGCCAACUUCUUUGGGGAGAUCAUUGAGUGGUGCGGCUUCGCCCUCGCUGCUUGGUCCUUUCCAGCUUUCGCCUUUGCCUUCUUCACCAUGUGCUCCAUCGGGCCCAGAGCCUUCCAUCACCACAGGGAUUAUAAGCGGAGGUUUGAGGACUACCCCCGCUCCAGGAAAGCCAUCAUUCCCUUCAUUCUGUAGGGAUGGAGGCCCAACCCGUGAAACUGGUACCUAUUGCAGUUCCUCCUCCUCAGAGAACCGACACACGCUGCAUAAAUCCAACGCCGAGCCGUCCUCCAUCUGGCGCUCCCUCCAUCUGGGACUCUGUAAAGGUCAAGAGUCAAGACCAGGGCACCAACUUCCCCUCACAUCCAGGCUCAAACUAUCCAGGCUUUUGCCAUCAGGUGGCGCCACAGAGACGGAGUGGGCCGCCGCUCUGCAGUGAAACUAAAUAAGCAGAUUUGAAAUGUUACAACCCGAUUCAUUUUCUUUCAAAAUGGUUCUAUAUUCAUGUAAAUGUACCUUUUAUUCUUUUAUUUCCUCUAAACAUGAUUUAUUUGUCUUAAUGUCGGUACUCCAUCAGAAUAAACAUGAAAGCUGA